CGUACAUUACUACACGGUCGUAUCCCCAGUUCACGCUGCUUGCCUCGACAAGCCCCGUUUGCGCGGUGAUUAUGUGACGGUGUGCAUGUGGAGUGUGCACACGGCGAAGUCCACCACGACCCUCCCGGAAGGAGCUGCGGAAGGUGUGGCGUGUAAUAAGGGCUGCGGAUCCGCGAACCGAACUGUGCUCUAACCUCUCCAGACUUCUCCAGACCUCGCCAGACUCCAGCACCUCCUCCAUCAUGAGCUUCCCGGGCUAUGGCGCUCCACCCGCGGGAUAUCCGGCAGCGUUUCCUGGAGGAUUCCCCGGCUCCCAACAGGAUCCGCUCUACGGAUACUUCAGCGCUGUUGCUGGCCAGGAUGGACACGUCUCUGCUGAGGAGCUGCAGGCCUGUUUAACCCAGGCUAACUUCUCUGGUGGUUACAAACCUUUCAACUUGGAGACUUGCAGGCUGAUGAUCGGCAUGCUUGACCGGGACAUGUCUGGGAGCAUGGGCUUCAAUGAGUUCAAGGAGCUGUGGACUGUCAUCAAUGCUUGGAAGCAGCACUUCAUGGCCAUGGACAGAGAUCGGAGCGGAACUGUGGAUCCCCAGGAGAUGAACCAAGCCCUUUCCUCCAUGGGAUAUAGGCUGAGCCCACAAGCGAUGAAUUGCAUCAUUAAACGCUAUAGUUGCCAGGGAAAGAUUACCUUUGACGACUACGUAGCGUGCUGUGUCAGACUGAGAAGCUUGACCGAGCUUUUCCGACAGAGGGACCAGGCUCAGCAGGGAGUUGCGACGUUUCAGUACGAUGACUUCAUAGGGUGUACUAUGAGCAUUUAAGAGAGAUCUCUGGACAAGGACUUCAUAUUCUUCAUAUUCUUUUUUUUUUUAAUUCAAGUGCUAACAAAUGUGAACUUUUUAUAACAAGUGAGAGUAUCAUUUUUUUAGUGAUCACCUUUUCGUGUAUUAUGAAUAUGUUAACGUCUUUUAGUAGCGCUGCAUUGGUCAUUUAACUUGCUAGUUCUUGUCCCUGGACAUGUGUUGGUAAAGAGGUCCAAGCCUAAACCACUUGAAGUAAAAUGAUGUAACCCACAUAUUUCACUUAAUAAAUGGUGGAUUAUAUUA